GUGUUCGGUGUUCCUCCCCUCCCUUACCGCCACAGCCAGAGCCGCGCCUUCUCCGUCCGUGCUCAACGGCUCUCCCUUCUCUCCUCCGACGAUUCGUGCCCGUAGAACUCUGGUGGAUGGUGAUAGACGGCCGGCGACGAGGUGGUCCUCCUCCUCCUGCUCCUCAUUCCUCUCUCGGAUUGAGGCAUGGUGGUGGCUGGGUUAGGGUUUCCGGUUCGGGAUCGUCGGGGGAGGGCUCCAUGGCCGGCGGGCUUAGAGGAGCGUCUGGCGGCGGUGGCGGAUCGAGCCUGAGUUUGUUUACACUAUGGAGGAAUCACGAAAAAGAGAUGUUUCUACUGCAAAUGCUAAAAAUAUAAGCUCACAUCUUGAUGAAGACUUUGGAAAUGAUUUUCUUUCAUCUUGGAAGCUACCAAAAUCAGGAAAAAACACAAUUGACUUCAGUGUUGACUCAAUUCCAAAGAGUAGCAAGAAAUUCAACUUUGACAACCUGGAUGAUUUCGGACUUGAUGGAGCCUUUGACAAAUUACCAUCUUUUAAAAUGGGCAUGUCUGAUCUGGAUUUCUCUAGUCCUCUUAAGAAAAAGGUGAAGCACAGCAGUUCAAAUGGUGAUGAUCUUUCUGAAGGGAAAAAGGAAACUGAAAAGGACAUUUUCUCCUUCUCCUUUGAUUUCAAUGAGCUGGGAAAGUUUAGUCUUGAUGCUAAGCUAGGAAUUAAGGAAAAGACUAUGAGUAAAGGUACCGGUAAAGUUGACCCUGUCUCUUUAGAGGGUAACAAGGAUACACAAAGAGGCCUUUUGGCCAAGGGCACUGCUAUUCUUGAAGAUAACAAUAGUAAGGACAAACAAACACAGGAUGUUUGUGCAUCAAGACCUUAUCCGGCAAAUCAUGAGAUUGUAAAGAACGCCAGUCGACUGGCUUCAAAUGUUAAUGCUGCCGCUUCAUCUGACAAGAUCCAAGAACAUACCAGUGCCAAUCCUGCAACAAUGGAACAAACUAAAGUAGACUCUGUGCGCAGUGGCAAUCAUGGAGAGCAUCCUAAAGAGAUAUACCCAACAAAAGAAGCUGUUAACAUAGCUUCCCAGAAUUUCUCAUGCAGUGCUCUAUCCGGUGAAGAUCCAACACAAGUGCUACCAGAUCCUAUGAACAGUAAAGAUGCUCCUAUAGCGGACUUUGGUAAAGCUCAAGUAUCAAGGGAGAGUAAUGACAAUGAGCAGUCGAUUGGUUCACAAUCCAGGGACACUAACAUUAUUAAUCUCAAUGUCUCAAGAAGACCGGUGGGUCAAUUUGAUUCCCGGAAUGAGGUUGUGGAGGAAAGUGUGUCUCUUAAUGAAGGAAGUCAAGGUAACCAAAGUUUUAGUGAUGUUCCUAAGAAGUUUUUAAAGAAGACAUCAUGUGGGACAACGAAUACUGAGGAAGGGACUUCAGGGCAUAAGAGUCUCUCUUCUUCGACGCGGAGGGGAACCAGAAAUGUUGAACCUGCACUGGCAAAUGAGAGAGGAAGCUUUUCUCUUUUAUACAAGUCUGAGAAUAUGAAAGUAAGCAGGGUCGAACUAACUUCAGAAACAGCCUUAAAUCAAUUAUCUGGUGCAAGUAAAGUGAUAAAAAAGAUGACUACGCAUCCUACAGAUUUGAAAAGGGAACACAAGCAAGCUAAUGCAGGACCUGACAAAUCUAAAACUGCAUUCUCAAAAACAUACAGCAAGCCAGCAUCACAUGGGCUAUUGACCACCUCCAUUAAUGCCAAAGGUGACAGAAAUGUCAAAUCAGGCCUUGAGGCUCCUAGCUCAGGGAAUUCAUCUCUGCUGAAUGCUCGAAUGAGCACAGCACAUGGCAGUGGUCAUAAAAUUGUUGCAAAUCAUGUGCUUCUAAAAAGCAGCAACGCUUCUGAUUCAUUGCAAGUCGCUCCCUCCAAAGAUAAUAAAAUAUCAAUAAUUUCUCAAAUGACAGGAGCAAGAAUUGCAAAAUUAGGAAUCAGAAGUCCAAAGUCUGACAGGGUUCUAGAGAAGGAAUCGGUUCAACUGAGUGGGACCAAGGGUUCCCCUGUAACAACAUCCAAAAUCCUUAAGUCCGUUCCUGAAGGAAAACCUGCAUUGCCUAGCCCAGCCAUAAUGCAAAAGGUUCCUGAGGAAUCAGUUCUAGAUCCAAAAGCUCCUACAGUUCUCAAAUGCAUCAUGAGGUCUCCAGCUGUAAGAAAAUCACCUCAAACUGUUCCAGAGUUGGGAAAUGGAAUGAUUCUGGGAAGUGGAACUCCAAAAGCUCAUAUGGAUAAUGCGAUCUCUUCAUGUAUGCCAUCUGGGAUGGGAGACAUUUCAGAUCUAGAGUUGCCUAUGCUGUUAGAAAAUGAUGGCAACUUAGAAAAAGCUGAGACUUGCAGAAAGGAGCUUGAAGAUAUAUGCAUUUUAUUGAAAAGGAAACAUGCAGAAGCUAAAGAGCUAGCAGUUAAGGCUAUCGUUAACAACAAUACGAUGCUGAUGUUAAACCACCCAAUGUUUGAGGAGAAGAUUCGCUCGAUUCAGAAAUUUGCGAAUGACCUGAGAUCCAAAAAGUACUUAUUUGAGGAAGUUGGCACCAUUAACGCCCAUUGAUGCGGGACAAGUGCGGGGAAAAAAAUGCCUCGCCCUGGUGGAGUUCGGAUAAUGUAAGUGCAACGAAACAGCUCAGGAUCCAGUGUAAAUGCAAUCUUGAACCUAAAAAAACUGCCUUCCUCGUGCAUUUUGUUAGAUGGCUGGCUUCAGUACACAUGUCCAUCCACACAGUAUAGCAAUUUUUUGAGUGUCUAUAUCUUCUUGUAACCUGAUAAUUCUGGUUGUGGACUCAAUGACUAGAUGAGCACCAUGUCAAUCUCUAGUUCCAUCUAUGCUAAUUGGAGUUGGCGUGAGAACAUUCACAUUAGAUUGAUUAGAUUGAUGCUAGGGAGAUGUUGCAAGAAGAAUGAGGAUAGAGCAAUUGUGGUGGAUGACUAGGCUGCCCUUUCCACCCUAAACCUGAUGUACAGAGUUAAAAGCUAGUAAUUUUUGUUGCCUCUA